AUGACGGACCCCACCCUGGCCCAUCGCAUAGCGGAACGGCUAAACGCACGCAAGAGUCUCUUGACAGGCAUGUCUACAGGACUUACAGAGUCAUCUCUGAAUCCCCCAUCUGCCUCCUUUUCGUCUAUUGGAGGCGUUCCAAACGGAACAUCUGAUCCGAGCGGGCUAGUGAUUAAACCAGCAGCGCGGCAGCACUUUGAUGGUGCAGGGGGCCAAGCUCUUGGAGUUCCUCUGCCAGCUUUUCACACGAUGCAAUCUAACCUGGAUAGCGUCACAAGCGAGUCUAUAGCUCGUGGCAAAGAGCUUAACAAUGCGCGGCUAAAGACCCUUGCGCUUGAGCGCGAUAAUGCCCACAUAGCAUCGGAGCUCAAGUCGAAGGAUAUGGCUUUGCGUCGCACAGUCGCAGAAUCUGCAGGGGAGCGCCAAGCUCUGGUCGAAGCCCUACAGCAAGCAAAGGCUCAGGUGAAUAGCUUACGAGAAGAUUAUGCCCGUCGUGAAGACCUCGUGCAUCGUCUUGAAUCUCGCUUGACAGCUCGCACUGAGGAGUUGAAGCAGCUGACCACCAAGUUAUCUAAUACCGAAAUAGAGCUACAGGACGAGCGCUUGGUCUCUCGAAAGGCUGCACAGGAUCUAGAGAUCCAUACGGCGCGAUAUGAGUCGGCAACUCACGAGAUUUCCAGCCUUAAAGAACUAAACAAGCAGUUAAAAGUGGAGGUUGAUGACUUGAAAUUGAAGUUAAAUAUGCAGAAGCACGCAGAAGAUGACCUAAGAAUGCUUCGCGAAAAAUACAAGGAAGAAAGUGAAGAGUGGAUGAGAACAAAAGCCGAGCUUCAGCAGGCGCGUGGUGACCUGAGUGUCAUCGAUUCCAAGAUGAAGGCUAUGGAAAAUGACUCUAACGAGACAAAGAAGCGUAUGGACUAUUUCAAGAACCUUGACGAUGAGGCCUCUCAACUGCGCAAGAAGAUGCGUCUGUUGACGGAAGAGAACGAACAAUUGCUUCAUCAGAAAAACUUUCUUGAUCAACAUUUGACUAGCGAGCGGGAGGCCGGUAUUGCCAUAAGCAACUAUACCAGAUGUAUUAUUAACAAUGAGGACCCCACACAAGCGGCAACAGACUUAGACAAGUACCGUGAAACUAGCCUUUACUCUUGCUUUAGUUCUGUCCUGGCUAAGCUGCGCUCCGAAUGCAGCAAAGUCAAAUCCUUGGAAGAUGACUGUCUCAAGGCAGAGAAGAACAUCUCUGCCAUGCGUAGGGAGAACAUAGAGCUUUCGGAUGCCAAGGAGGCCCUCCAGAUCGAGCUGGCUCGUAUGGAGACAGCCAUGGCCCGGAACAAUUCCGGUUAUGACUCACUCUCCAAAGACAUGGAUGAGUUGAAGAUUCAGCGCGACAAGAUUGCAACAGAGCUAGAAAAGCUGCGUGUUGAAUCUAAUAGCGCCAUUCAAAUGCUCGUGGCUAGUCUGGCUUCAUCAAAGAAAUAUCUUUCCUCAAGCGCGAACGCCCUGGCCAUGCAAGGAGACUUAUCAGGUACAGCAAUGAGUAAGUCAUUCGGGGCUAGUACAGGAAUCAACAUGACUGCGACCAAUCUCCAACUACAGUCGAUGCUUCCCGGAGACUUGAGUAGUACGAAGGGUUCUGGAUCGGUAUCAGAUGUUGCUUCCAAUGCAGCAACAUAUAUAACUAAGCUUCAGCAAGAGAUUCAGCUUCUCAAUAGGGAGAAUGACGAGCUGGGAACAAAGUAUACACAAUUGGAGCUUCAGAACCGCGAGCUAUCAAACAAUACUACAGACAGCCUUGCUGAACUGGAAAGCGGGAAGCGGAAGCUGGUGGAGCAAACGGGACGCUUGAUGCAGUUAGAAACAGAAAACAAUACUUUAACUACGAAUUUGAUUGUUUCGGGCCAGACAAUUCUUUGUUUAUUGCGCGAGGUCAGCGAUGAUCAGGACAGGCUGAAGCGCAUCCAUUGUUCCAAAGAGCUGGCUGCCACACUUCUUAACCGAGCCCUAUUCGAGAUAUCAAGUACAAGAGAGAUUCUUCUUCGUUACGAGGAGUCUUCUGAUCCAAAGAAAAACCGUCUUAACAGGACUGUGUCAAAGUUACGUGUUGCCGUCCACGUUAUCACCUUUUUGUCACGCUUAGAGCAAACAAUGGGCGAUCAUAGAAGCUACACCCGAUCCGUUGAAGAAAGACUUAACAACUUGCUCCAGGUCAACUCGAUUCCUCUCCUCCCUCCCACUAAUGCGACCUUCUCCGGAACAGCAACAGCUGGGCCUCUUGGCACCACCACAUAUAGUUCACUGGCGAGCACCCGUGGCCUUUCCGGAACUGCGAUAGGUGGAACCACGACGACUUUAGCCGGAGUUGAAGUGACACCGCCACCCAUCCUCGAGCUAUCUGCCAAGUUCUGCCAGGCCCUUCAGAAUCACGUGCGUCUUCUUUCAGACUACAGGUAUGGUGGUUUUGCUAUGUCUGCACGAGACGAUCGGGCUCGCGCCAUUGUGAAGCUUCUCGACGUCAUGGCUCUUGCACCGAAUCCUACAACGGCUGUAUACUCUUCUCUCCGCUACACAAGUAUCAUGUCUGGUCGCACACUAGGUGGUAUAAGCUUGGGCAUAUAUGUACAGCGACCGCUCACUCUUGCAGAGUUGGCAAUGGAUAUCUGCAAGUACAUGAUCAAGAGAAAUGAUAAUCUGUAUAAUGGACUCACCGAAAAGGAGUCCUUUGUCACACAGGUUCAGGGCGAAAACGAGAUUCUCCGUAACAAAAUCAACGACCUCAAUUGCCAACUACUCGAUCUCGGAACACGCUUUUCGGGAAUGCAGACUGAGAUGAAGACCGAUUUCGUGGCCAUUGAUGAGUAUGAAUCCGUUGUCAAGGACAGAGAUCAAAUAAAGUUCAAGCUGAAUAACGCAGAAUAUCAGAACCAGGAGCUACAUAAAGACAAUGAUCAGAUCCGCUCAGACGUCGAGAUGUACAAGAGAGAGCUAGAGAGGGCGUCAGAAAGUGCAAAACAAUAUGAGCUCAAUAUCAAUGAACUCAACCUUCAGAUCCGCGAGAUGACUAACACAAUCGCUCAGUACAAGGUCAUGUCUGCAAACUUCGAAGGACAGCUGAGCAUAAAUGAUAAUCAGCGUAGAGACAUGGACAACAUGGUGAACUUUCUCAACAAAGAAAUCGAGCAAUUACAAGUUAAGAUCCGCGAUUUGACAAGCGAUCUUACUGCUAAACAUAAUGGUCUAGUAGAGCGAGACGAAAUGAUAGGCCGCCUUAGCUUGCAACUAGAGGAAGAGAUCAAGGCUAGGAAGGCUGUUGAAGAUCGGAUGCUUUUUGAUACAGAGGAACGGCGCCGCAAAGCAGAAAGCAGAAUUAAUCUUUUGGAACAGAGAACGUCUAUUGAAAGUGGCCUUGCGCGAGACAUAGCCAAUAUUACUGGGGCCCCACCAACCUCAUUAACUGCGGGUCCUUUGAACAUUGGCCUAAGCAGCCCAGGCUACGGAACCAAUCCACCAAGCAUGACUUCCUUCACCCGACCGAGUACUAGUGUGUCUGUGUAUCCUCUUAGCACAACUGGAUCCCAACCCAGUAUGCCGCCUACCACAAUGGCUAAAGAAGAUAUACGGAAUCUAAUAGCUCAGCUGGACAAGAGUCUUGGGAUGAUUGACUAA